AUUUGAUAGGAAAUUAAACCACAAGUGAACGGAAUACGAGUCGCGUUUAUAAGGAGAACUGUCACCGCUAAGGUUUAUCGGGAGUCGAAACGGCAGGUAAUGCGGCCCUGAGGAAGUCAGGCUCGUGAUUUUUGGGGGCAAUGGGUGCCAACACCAGCCAGGUGAGCGACCUGGCCGAGAGUCAGAGUAUUCGCACCCUGGUUGGUCCUGAGCCCAUCUCGGAGAACGAGCCGUUCUGGAACCAGCUCAUCUCCUUCACCUUUACCAGCCCCUCCUGCAGCGCCGACGCCAAGCUCCUGGAGGAGGCGGUCAUCCCACUGGCCAAAACUUUAAUUAAGAACAAUCCCAGGUCAGGGAACUUCGGCGCUUUGGUGAGAGUUUUUCUCGGGAGGACGAAGGAGCUGAAGAUCUCCACCGAAUGCCAAGAUCAGCUGUUUAUCUGGCAGGCCCACAAUGCCCUGUUUCUGGUGCGCUGCCUGCUUAAAGUCUUCAUCAGGGAGAUGAAUGAGGAGGAGCUGCACUUACACUUCACCUACCAGACGAGGGCGCCAGGAUCCUGUGAUACGAGCGGCGAAGAUCUUCUGGAGGAACUGAUCUGUAACCUGGUUCAUCUGAUGGUGGAGGUGCCUCUGCUGGACAUCACCUACAGCAUCCUGUUCGAGUCCGUGACCACCUUGCUCGUGCUUCUGUCCUAUCAGCUCUUCCACAAAGACAUUCUGAGGGACGGGAUCGUCUACCGGUGCCUAACCAGAGGCAGAUGUGUGUGUCUGACCAGUCGUCUGGUGAAGACGCUUCUUUAUAACUUCAUCCGGCAGGAAAAGUGUCCUCCCGCUGCACACAUCUUCCAGCCACAGGGUGACGGAGGAGGGCUGCUGUACGGCCUGGCAUCGGGGGUGGCGAGUGGAUUAUGGAGUGUGUUCACGUUGGGAGGAGCCGGGAACAAACCCGCGGUGGAGCAGGAACAGAACCCGCUGCCGCUGUCCAACCAGAGCCUGCUGUUACUCCUCGUCCUGGUCAACCUGACAGACGGACCGGACUGGCCGAACCCCUACAAGCAAGCCAUCACCUGCUUCAAAAAUACCCAAGAUACGUCGUCUAUUCCAUCUCCGCAGCCUCACACCUUCCAGAUUAACUUUAACAGCUUGUACACAGCGCUGUGUGAGCAGCAGAGAUCAGACCAGGUGACUUUACUGCUCUACACACUUCUGCAUCAGAACCCCAACAUGAAGACCUACAUGCUGUCCAGAACCGACAUGGAGAACCUGGUGAUACCCAUACUGGAGAUCCUGUAUCAUGUGGAGGAGAGAAACUCCCACCAUGUUUACAUGGCCCUCAUCAUCCUCCUCAUCCUCACAGAAGAUGACACAUUCAACCGUUCCAUACAUGAAGUGAUAUUAAAGAACAUAACCUGGUACACGGAGCGGGCAUUAACUGAGAUUUCACUGGGCAGCCUGUUAAUCCUGGUGGUGAUCCGUACCAUCCAGUUCAACAUGACCAGGACCAGGGAUAAGUACCUGCACACGAACUGCCUGGCGGCCCUGGCCAACAUGUCGGCCCAGUUCCGGUGCCUCCACCAGUACGCGGCUCAGCGCAUCAUCAGUCUGUUUGCGUUGCUGUCUAAGAAGCACAAUAAGGUUUUGGAGCAGGCGACUCAGUCUCUGCAGAUUCCACUCGGCGCAGACAGCACAGUGUUACCGGACUAUGCGCAGGACCUGAGCGUGAUCGAGGAAGUGAUCCGAAUGCUCCUGGAGAUCAUCAACUCCUGUCUGUGUAACUCUCUCCAUCAUAACCCCAACCUGGUGUACGCUCUGCUCUAUAAGAGAGAGCUGUUCGAGCAGUUCCGCUCGCAUCCGUCUUUCCAGGACGUCAUGCAGAACCUGGACACGGUGAUCGGUUUCUUCAGUCAGCGUCUGGAACAGGAAGGGUCGGACCUCUCGGUUGAAAGAGUUCAAGAGGUCAUUAAGAAAGGAGCCGUGUUACUGCCUAAAGAUCGCCUCAAGAAGUUUCCAGAACUCAAAUUUAAGUACGUGGAGGAGGACCAGCCUGAAGAUUUCUUCAUCCCGUACGCCUGGUCGCUGGUCUUUAACUCCGGCGUGGGUCUGCACUGGAACUCACAGGGGGUCGAGCUCUUCAGCAUGGACUCGGCCUGAGAGAGGCGGGACAGACGACGGCCGCCGGGCGUGUCCGGCCGCGGACGCGAUCCGGUCAAGACGUCCAGAUAGUUUCGGAACAUGUGAAGGUUCGGAAUCGGGCGUGCCUCUUCAGACUGACGGGCGGCGCUUCCUCAUUAUCAGACUCUCGGGCUUCCUUUAUCUCUCACACCCGCCUCAUCUCAGGUGAGGCACAAAGGGCAUGUCAAUCAAAUCACCGCGUCUUCUUUUUUUUUUUUUGGUUACUGGAGUCAGACUGGCGCAGCUGCACUGAAUUCUGGGAAUGCUGGUGUACGGAGCUGCUCAUGGCUGGGUUACUGUCGCUUUACACGCUCGUCCUGAUUAGAAUGUGAUUCAUUUUGUUCGUUUUUUUAAGGUUCUGUGUAACAGGCUGGAAGAGACGGAGUGUUAAAGCAACCGGUCCUGAGUUCUGGAUCGUAUUUACGUUCAAAUAUUACGUUUGUUUUCAUUUCUGAAGAAGCUCAAACCAAAAGCUGAUCGUCUGAUCGUUUUUCCUAAAUACAAAUCGAACCGUACGAGCGCGCCUCACAUGAUCAGCCCCGUUAUUUAGCGUCUACUGGUUCAUUUAUUUAUUGGGACGUUUCUGUGUUCUGUUCCGUAUACUAGCAUAGUGAUUUUUUUAAACAGCAGUGCUUAUGUGCAAUCGUUUCUUUAAGAUAAAAAUAGCAUAUUUUAGAUACUUUACUAUAACGAGUGUACUAUUAAAUAAUGAUUCUGUAGGUAAAUCGAUUCUGGCAUGUUUAUUCAUGUAGAAAUGUAUAAAUACAUACGCAGCAUGGCACAAUUGUUUCAUUUCCUUUAUUUACUAAGAGAAAAAUGUUAGUUAUUUAAUUGUAGGUGUUUUUGGGUUGUUUUUUAGGGGUGGGUGUGUUUGGUAAUUCACAUUAUCGUUCCACCAUUCGAUUACGUUUGACAAUAAUUCCUGUGCUUAAUUUUUGUCCUGAUUUAUAAAGGUUGUACAUGA